CUGAAGCGCUUUAACAGCUCUUGACGUACAGAUUUGACCUCUCCCUCACGCGACAAAAUAAGUAUAAUCAACGUACAGAUGGACAAACUUUGGCGCAUGGUGAGAUCGCUCGACUGGCAAGUGCCAGUGGAAUGCUAAGCAAAUUCAAAGUAGCGAUACACGUAUCAAGUAGUACAUUGCCAGACGGCUGCCGCGUAUUUCAGUCUAUAAUUACUCCGACGCAGCAUGCACAUAAUACCAUUAAUUCCUAUCGAUCAAAAUUAUCGUGUACACCAUCUUGUCAAGGUUUCUGUUGAGAGAUACCACCUCGGGGAAGUACUGCUUGACAGAGACCCGAUGCAACCGCACACUGCUAGAUUUGUUUGAACUAUGAUCAUGUUAGUGGCCAAUGGAUACGAGUAUCAUCGACAUCAAACGUCUGCAGACGCUUCCAAGGUACAUGCCAGGCUGUGUAGCUUACGGUGGCAUCAUCUUUAUCCCUUUUAUAAGUAAGUUUAUCGCUGUCUUACAUAAACUUUCAUCACUGUCAACUAAAGAUCGGACCCGUCAUCCACACGGGUACGAUUAGUGUCAGACUUAAGGCCAUUUUACUUUCGUCACUAGAUUGCAGUCGGUAUUUAUAAAGAAAAGAUUUAUUUAAAGUAAUUGAGAUGCAUGGCAUGAGG